AUCGACGCUAUAAGAUCGAUCAUCGAUGUGACUAAAUGGUUUGUUGAUCUCGAUAAAAGUACGUGUUGCUUUUUUGCAAAAAAGUACGAGUAUACCCUAGCUAUGGUGUUUUCCAGUGUUUUUGGUGUUUAAAUUUCAAGUAGUUCGUACAUUUUUUAUCCAUUUUCUGAAUAAUGAAAUGUGUAGACUUGAAGUAGAAACCACUUGAGCGGAGUUUUUCCUAAUUAAUCACAUUUUUUCAAAAUUCAAGACCACUUCAAUUCACAACCAACUGAUAAACGGAGUAACUUGAAGCUGUGUUCUCUCUGCCUAUCUAGAAAAUGUCGCAAAUUCUAUCCGCAGCUAAAAGAUCAGUAUCGAAGAAGUCCGGCGUGAACUAUGAAGAUCUAGAUGCAGUUCAAGAUACUCGAAGAAAUGAAGCUUUUUCAGAAGGGCCCGAUUCCAUUUCGCAUAUGGGACAAGAGUUAGAAAUGAAUUCGGUCUCCGUUGUCCCUGAUGAUACGUUCACAGUAUCUCAAGCCGUUAAUGCAUUCGGAUUUGGGAAGUUUCAAGCAAAGCUUUCUUUAUUUACUGGAUUAUGUUGGAUGGCUGAUAGUAUGGAAAUGACAAUUUUGAGUAUUUUAUCCUUAGCUUUACAUUGUGAUUGGCAUAUAUCUAGAUAUCAGCAAGCGCUAGCCACGACGGUUGUGUUUUUAGGUAUGAUGUUAAGCUCGACGUUUUGGGGAUUUCUGAGUGAUCGGUUCGGUCGCAAACAAGCUUUGUCUCUUUGCGCUGUAUUAUUAUUUUACUAUGGUUUACUGAGUUCCAUUGCUCCAAAUUAUUUAUGGGUCUUAUUGUUACGAGGAUUGGUUGGAUUUGCAAUUGGCUGCGUUCCGCAAUCAGUAACUUUGUACGCUGAGUUUUUACCUUCUAAGCAACGGGCUAAAUGUGUUGUUCUGCUUGAUUGUUUCUGGGCUUUUGGCGCGUGUUUAGAAGUAUUAUUAGCUUUAGUGAUCAUGCCAACGUUGGGUUGGAGGUGGCUAUUAGCUGCAUCCACUGCGCCUUUAUUUGCAUUUGCUUGUAUUUGUCCGUGGUUGCCGGAAAGUGCACGUUAUCAUGUUGCUAGUGGUCAACCUGACAAAGCUUUAGAGACAUUGAAAAAAGUAGCCGCCGAAAAUGGUAAACCGAUGUUAUUGGGGCGAUUAGUUGUCGACGAUACGGUCGUUACUGAACGAGGCUGUAUCAAAGAUUUACUCAUUCCUCAACUCAGAGUGACUUCUAUUUUAUUAUGGUUUAUUUGGACUGGUUGCGCAUUUUGUUAUUACGGAGUAGUUUUAAUGACCACUGAAUUAUUCGAAGCAUCUGAAACGUGUUCUAAAAAUCAAGGUAUAUUUAAAGCUGUCGAUACAUGUUCCGCUGAUUGCCGUAAAUUGAACACGCAGGAUUAUAUGGAUCUGUUAUGGACAACGUUGGCCGAAUUUCCCGGAAUAUUUGCUACGAUUUUAGUCAUCGAAAAAUUUGGCCGUAAAAAAACGAUGGCGUUGCAGUUUGUUAUAUUUGCAGCGUGUGUUUGUUUAUUAUUUAUUUGCACGAAAAAUCGAAUUUUUCUAACGCUUGUUUUAUUUAUUGCUCGUGGCAUAAUCGCCGGCGUAUUUCAAGCUGCAUACGUCUACACUCCAGAAGUAUAUCCUACUCAGUUGAGAGCCAUAGGUGUUGGUGCUUGCAGUACGAUGGCAAGAUUAGGAGCUAUGAUUACACCCUACAUAGCACAGGUAUUGAUGAAAUCUUCCCUCGUGUUUGCGAUGUCAAUUUACAGUGCUGUAGCUCUGAUGGCAGCUGUUUGUUGUAUACUAUUGCCAGUGGAAACUAAAGGUAAAGAAAUGAAAGAAGGAUUGUCAAAGAAAUGAAUCUUGUGAUUUUUUUUUUAAAUUAAUAAUUGUUGUGUUUUUGUACUUUUUUCGUUAUACUUAACUUGACUUUCCUUUAUCGCAUUUUAUAAUUUGAGAUAAUUCAAAUUUUAAACGAAUCUUGAGUGCAAUAUAUUUUGUAACGUGUAAGUAGUGAAAGUCAAUUACUUCAUGCAAUUGUUCCUAAGUUAAUCACUUGACCGCCGCUUGAUCGGUACUACUCAGUUGUUGUACGUUAGUCUUAAAAAUAUUUUUAUUUAAUGACCAUUUUUCUUUCAAUAUGUAAGUACUUAAUAAUCUGUUACGUUGUUUCAGCAUUAAUAAUGUAAUACCAAAGAUCUUUAUUUAUUUAACAAUUCUUUUUUGUAACUUAGCAGUAUUUUCAAUUUUAGAUUUUUUUUAUUCAUUUUAUUAAAAAAUAUAUAUAUAUUUUUUUUUGCAUA